ACCGCCCGUGCAGCCCAGGCCCCCGCCCGGUCCUCCGGGCCGCGAGGAGGGGCUGUUUCCGCGGCGGGAGCACGUGCGUCCCGGUACCGAGCGAGGGUCCCCGCUCCAUGUUCGCGGAGCAGGGCUGGGACGAUGCAGCGGAGCCGCUGCUCCGGAGGGCUCGGGCCGGCCGGACCCCCGGAAAGAGGCGGCUGCCCGGGACCGCUCGGGACGGCGAGGCGGCGCGGAAGCGGCCCCGGAAGCGGAAGAAGGCCGGCGGGCCGCGGGCCGCGGCGGGGGAGCUCCCGGCCGGUCCCGACGAGCCCCGGCAGGCCGGGCAGCGGCCGGACACAGACGGCGCGGCUGAGCCGGCGGAGGGGCCCGGGGAGCCGGCGGGACUGAGCCGUCGACAGCGGCGGAACCGGCAGAAGCAGCAGCGGCAGCAGGAGCCGCCGGCGGGGUCGGACGGGGAGCGGGGCUCCGGGCCGGGUCCCCCGGACCCGUCGGGCCCCGCGGAGGCUCCGCCGGAGCCGCGCUCGGACCGCUCGGCCGCGCUCCGCGCGCGGAUGGAGGAGCGGCUGCUCGGCGCCCGGUUCCGCUACCUGAACCAGCAGCUCUACACCGGCAGCAGCCGGGACGCGGCGCGGCUCUUCCGCGACGACCCCGCCGCUUUCCACCUCUACCACCGCGGCUUCGAGCGGCAGGUGCAGCGCUGGCCCGAGCGCCCGGUGCAGCGCAUCGUGCGCUACCUGCGCCGCCGCCCCGCGUCGCUGGUGGUGGCGGAUUUCGGCUGCGGGGACUGCACGCUGGCCGCCAGCGUCAAGAACCAGGUGCACUGCUUCGACCUGGUGCCGCUGAGCCCGCGGGUCACCGUCUGUGACAUGGCCAAGGUGCCGCUGGCGGCUGAGGCGGUGGAUGUGGCCGUGUUCUGCCUGGCGCUGAUGGGCACCAACCUGCAGGAGAUCCUGGGAGAGGCCAACCGUGUGCUCAAGCUCGGGGGGACCCUGCUGGUGGCCGAGGUGGCCAGCCGCUUCGAGGACACCCGUGCCUUCCUGAGGGCCAUGACGCAGCUCGGCUUCAAGACUGUCUCCAAGGACCUCUCCAGCUCCUAUUUCUACGUGUUGGAGUUCACCAAGACGGGCCCGGCCCGGCCCGGCCCCGCUCCCGGGCUGCGCCUGCGGCCGUGUCUGUACAAGCGCCGGUGACCGGAGCGCCGCCAGGGGGCGGGGUGGGGCGGGGCCGCGCCGGGAUGGGGCGGGGCCGCAGGGUCUGGCUCCGCCCCCCGAGCGCACUCACCAAUAAAGCCGCUGCUU